GACUCGUGUCUGUCUCUAUCGAUUUGUUGUGGUCUCAUUCUGUCAUUCUCGUUGUAGGAAGUGAAAAUGGCGAAGAUACGAUGGACUAGGAAGAAGAGAACGAAAUAACUGAAGGAUAUAACUUCUCCAGUAAAAGAAGUUCCGGAGGUUGAGGUCGAGAUUCCGAAGUCAAUUGAGAAAGAGAACGAGGAGGAGGCGAAGUCUGCUGAAAAUGAGGCGAAGGAGAAUGAAGACGAGGUGAAGGAGAACGAGGUGAACGAAGACGAGGUGAACUCUGAUGCAGAUGAGGAGAACGAAAACGAGGUGAACUUUGUUGAAAAUGAAGAGAACGAGCAGGAGAUGAGCCCGGUUGAUAAUGAAGUAGUAGAAAAUGAAGACGACGCAGUAGAAGAGGAAGAGAGCUUAGAGGAAGAAGAGGCAAACAUGGACGAAAAUAAAGUAGAAGAGAAUGAGGAGAACUCAGGAGAAGAGGAAGAGGAGACGAAUUCAGGUGAACAUGAAGUAGAAGAAGAAGAACAUGAAAACAUCGACUCUGAGAAUAAUCCUCCUGUUGAAGAUGUGCAGACCAAUGAAGAAGGAGAAAGAGAAGAAGGAAGUACCACUCGAACUUCAAGCGAGGAAAGUGUUAAUAUUUCUAUCUCUGUCUCAUAGUUUGACAAAAUAGUUUGGUAGAACUAAGGAUAACUGGUUUAUUUGUGAUAGUAAGAAAUGAUAAUGUUUGAUCUUAUUUAGAAAUCAUUGUGUUACUGAUGUGUUUGAUGGUUCCGGGUAGAAGCAUGUUAAAUUAGAGAGGCUAUUAUCUUGUACUACUCCUAUAAGUUAGUAUAACUUGGUGCAACCUAGUUUAACUAAUUUCCAUUGUUACUUGUUUGUUCGUAGGAUUCCGUCGAAGGGGUGCUAAAACCAUUGGGCAUGUACUUCCCACCGUCUGAGUAUAGGAAGAAGAUCAAGAUAUCUACUAGGUGUUUUAUUGCUGAUGUAAUGGAAAUCCUAAAAGAACUAGACCCUCCAAUGACUAGGGCGGAGAAGAGUCUGUUUGAGAAUCAUCCGCAGUUCAAACACAUAUUCCACAUGCCACAGGCUGGAAACCACAAGGUUAUGGGCAUGUGGAUGCUCCUCCUCCGAACCGCACGCAUUACAAAGAAAAAAGAGGCAUGGUUUGCCGUGAAUGGAUGUCCUAUCCGCUAUGGUAUUAGAGAACAUGCUUUGAUAUAUGGAUUGAACUGUCGAAACUAUCCAUUGAACUACAAAGUACUCGGAGGCACGAAGUUUGUGAGGAAAUGUUUUGGCGGUGGAAUAAUAAGAUAUCAAGACGUGAAGCAAAAGUUUUUGAGGGAAUGGAACCUUCUCGUGAUAGGUUGAGGCUGUUGGUCUUGUAUUUCCUAUCGAGUGUUAUUUGUGGGCAGGCGAAGACCGGUAAGGACGCCCCUUCCGUGGAGCCAUUCUUGCUGAGAGCAGUUGAUGAUCUCAACUUAAGUAAAACGUUCCCUUGGGGUAAAUUAUCCUUUGAUUACAUGUUGAAAGAGAUUUCACACACCAUGAGUCAUUUUGAAGGGGAGGUGAAAGAAGGUGUGAUAUGGCCAAUUCCGGGGUUUUGUAUUCCAAUGGAGCUCCUAGCAUUUGAGGCCAUUACGAAAUUGGGGAACAAAUUCCGAGAGACCGCUGAAGACGUAGACCCAACAUGUCCAAGGAUGUGCCAAACGAAGUUCAAGAGAAGUGAAAUGAAGGGAUUUCCCCUAUCGAAAAUAAAUAAAGAACUUGGUGAUACUAAGGACAUUGAGAACAUCUUGUCUGUUUUCGAAGAGGAACAAACUCUACUAGCUCGGAUAACAGAACCAGGGGAUAUCAGUGAUAAGGAUGACUUGAUUGUCGAGAGUUGGAUGAAGAGGCUGGCUCGUGGAUAUGUUGCAAGGUUUGAAGAUAUAUUAGAGGAGGAUGUGGCUGCCCGACAAGCCCCUCCCCCCCCCACAAAAUAGUGAAAACGAGACAGGAGCCACCACCAAUGAAGCAGCAGAGAACACAGUGAAGAUAAAUGAACUGGUAGUCAUCUUUAACAGCUUCAAAGAAGAAAUGGGAGAGCGGAUGAAGAGGGUUGAGGAAAAGGUGGGAGAGUUUGACCUAAGACUCGCUGUCUCAGAAGAUUAUGUUCAAGAGCAGAUUGUGGAUAUAUAUGCGGCUAGGGAGGAAGACGACAACUUGCAGAGGCCAAAGAAGAGGCCAAAGAGGGACUGAUGUAUUGCAUUUGGUGUUUGUUCUAAAACUUAUGUUGCUUUCGGGUUUGUACUAAAACUUAAACCUAUUGUUGAUUUUGGUUUGUAUUGUUGCUAUUUGGUUUGUACUAUAACUUCUGAUGCUUGUGGUAGUAGGUGGAAGUAGUAUAACUAUGGAAAAUUGGUAAAACUAUGUCAAACUAGUAUAACUAGGUGUCAGGAAAACAAGUAAAUGCUCUCUCUCUCUUCUUACGUGUGUAAUAAAUGAGAGUAGAGACGAUCUCGUUCCUCUAUCUUCUUAACCUUUUCCACAUUCUCUCUCUCUUAUAUCAGAUCUCAUUUCUUCAUAUUCCUCCAUAUCUUCAUACCUCUCUUCUUUUGUGAAAACUAAAAAGUGAAGAUGGAAGUGGGUUCAGGAUCGUCAAGGAGGAGCCAAAAUUCGGGUCGGAGACUGUGUUUCUGUGGCUUACCGGCGACGGUAGCACAAGCUUGGACUGACAAAAACCCCGGGCGGCGAUUUUAUGGCUGUCCACGUUAUAAGCUUGGAGACCAUUGCAAGUACUUCUCUUGGUAUGAUGAAGAGGAAGGUACAAAAUGGCAAAAAAGAGCUUUACUUGAAGCCCAU